CCCCACGCCCUGACCCUCCAGAGGAUGCCGGCCAUGAACCGCUGAGUCACCGUGACGCGACUGGCCCGGCGCCCUUCGAACCUGCUGGCCCGGCCUCGCUCGCUCAGGCCGACUCCCGCGUGCCCCGCCGGACGCUGCGGAGGAUCCGAACGCCGCAACUAUCGCCUGAGCAUUUGAACCAUCUCAUCGUUGACUUUGACAUGGGGUCCUCCAAGAAGGUUACUCUCACCUUGCUUAGCCAGGAACAAUCUGAAGGGGUUGGAGCCAGAGUCCGCAGAAGCAUUGGGAGACCUGAGUUAAAAAAUCUAGAUCCAUUUUUGCUCUUCGAUGAAUUUAAAGGAGGUAAACCAGGUGGAUUUCCUGAUCACCCACAUCGAGGUUUUGAAACAGUGUCUUACCUCCUGGACGGGGGCAGCAUGGCUCAUGAAGACUUCUGUGGACAUGUUGGUAAAAUGGACCCUGGAGAUCUACAGUGGAUGACUGCUGGCCGGGGCAUCCUGCAUGCUGAGAUGCCUUGCUCAGAGGAGCCCGCACAUGGCCUACAAUUGUGGGUUAACCUGAGGGGUUCCGAAAAGAUGGUGGAGCCUCAGUACCAAGAGCUAAAAAACAAAGAAAUUCCAAAGCCCACUAAAGAUGGCGUAACCAUCGCGGUCAUCUCUGGAGAAGCACUGGGGAUAAAGUCUAAAGUUUACACCCGCACGCCAACUCUGUAUCUGGAUUUUAAAUUGGAUGAGGGUGCGAAACAUAUUCAGCCAAUUCCCAGAGGCUGGACGAGUUUUAUUUACACGAUCUCUGGAAACGUAUAUAUUGGGCCCAAUGAUGAGCAAGUAAAAAUAGAACCACAUCAUACGGCCGUGCUCGGGGAAGGUGACAAAGUUCAGGUGGAGAACAAAGAUCAGAAAAGAAGCCACUUCGUAUUAAUUGCUGGGGAACCCAUAAAGGAACCGAUUGUUCAGCACGGUCCAUUCGUAAUGAAUACCAACGAGGAAAUAUCUCAGGCCAUCCUAGACUUCAGAAACGGAAAAAAUGGCUUCGAAAAGGCCAAAACCUGGAAAUCAAAGAUCGGAAACUAGUGAAGACCACAAGAGCAGGUCUCCAUGCUUCCUAGAAUUUGGCCAUUUGUAGCAUGCAACUAUUCAAGGCCUUUAGUUUCUAAAGCUAACUUAGCCGGUGCUUCUAAAGAAUUACACGCUAAAGUGGUAACCUGGUUUAUGUAACAAGGCACGUAAGAUGAAAGUUUCCUAGCACCUGCAAAUAAAAGUAAUCGUUGCUUCUCUAAAAAAUCGAUGUUCUUCAUUUUG